AGGUCAAUAGGCAAUAAUGCGUGCUUGGAUGCUUACUCUCUUCGUUCUGAUGCUCACAGCCAUGUGCUUCACCAUGGCGGAACCUGUGCCAGUGGAUGCGGCAGAAGCGAAGUCGGACGUCAGCAGCAAUGUCCGCCGAAAGAGACAAUUUCUGUAUGGAUACCCCAGCUACAGUACGUAUUCAUAUUACCCCAGCUUUGGCCGUCUCUAUUAUCCCUCCUUGUCUAUAUGGGGUUGACUGAGGAUAACGCAAAAUGACACCCUUAUCCUAUACCUUUUUCAUUUUCAUUCGUAUUUGCUUGUAGUAUGAUGUAGUUGAUGCUGUAGAUUGCUGUAGAUGUACUUGUAGCUGUAGAUUCAUGAUACUGUGCAGUAAAAUAACCAAAUAAAAG